AUGAUUCCCUCUACAGCGCUCGUCAACUCGCUGCCGCGCAACAUCCUUGGUAAGAAGCAUACGCGCGUGGGUAAGCCCAAGAGCCGUGCUGGCUGCAUACCGUGUAAACUCAGGCACCGGAAAUGCAACGAGCAGAAGCCGAUAUGCAGUCAAUGCAAGAAGUCUGCGCGAGAUUGCCACUAUGAUGUGCCCAAAGAGAAGCAGCAUGGUGGCAUCACGCCCCAUAAGAGAUCAAUUCUUCCGAGACAGGCGGCACUUGAUGCAGUUACCGCAGGAGCUCUCCAUUUUCGCCCAAGGGUGAGCUAUCUAGAAGCCGACGAGGCUCUAUACUUUGACAUGUUUAGAGCCCAGAUGCUCCAGGACUUUUCAUACACUCCAUGCACCAAGUUCUGGAACCGUGUCAUACCCAGAGAAUCCAUGGGAGACGAGUGUGUGCGGUGGUCUGUUUUGAGUAUCGGGGCUUUGAUGCUGUCGUUGCGCUCUCCAAACCCCGAGCCAACAGUGAAGCUGCUCGAGGGGCGUGGUAGCAGUGCACAUCAGGUUGCUAUAGCAUACCAUGACAAAGCCACCACCACUCUCCAUAUGAGGAUGCGACAGGAGUUUCACACCAUUUCACGCAGGAACGUGCUAAUCAACAUGUUUUUGCUAUUUCUCUUUGAGCUUUUGAUCGGAAACACCAAAGGCGCGGAUCGGUUGCUGACAAGCAGCGUCGAACUAUUAAAACAGAAACAUGACCAACUCGCAAAUGAGAUAAACUCGCAAUCCCAUGAACAGGGAGUUCACACUUAUGUUGCGCCUUCUAAUGACGAGGGGCUGGAUCAAGCUGAACGAAUUUUACCCCGAUUCCAAAUAUUUCUCAGUCUGAACUCGCCAUUUUUCCCAAUGCAGAAAGCCUGCUGGUCCAGAUUGCAAUCACGGCCAAUCUCUGGUGGCGUUCCAGGGGCUGAUACCGAUAUGCAUGAAUUUGGAGCCACGUGGAAUAGCUUCAUCACGCGGGCAGUCAUAUUCGUUGUCAAGGCCAUGCAAAUGCAUCAAUUUGGUAACCAUACAGGUGAUUUCGAGCUCCACUUCGCCCAUCGGGCCAUCUUCCUUGAACGACUUCAGGACUGGGAAUCAGCUAUUCUGCUGAAACUGGAGACGGAGAAAACCCCCAUCGUAUGCCAGUUCUUAAACACGUUUUAUAUGGGUCAAAAGGCUGUAUUUAUCCUUAUGAGCUGUUGUUUCGAUGCAACAGAAAUGGCAUACGAUCAGUUCAACUCUAAAUUUCGGGAGAUUGCCUCUACGGCCUGCUCUCUCGGAGGGGCAUUGAAGCAAUUUUCGCACCUCGAAACUGCGCUGGACAUUUAUACCCUUCCGAUCUUGAACUUUGUGUCACAAAAAUGCAGAGAUAAAGCCAUCCGCUCUGACGCAUUAGACAGCUUCGAGAAGAUGACGUCGUCCUCAUUUAAUUGGGAUACCAAGGCUAGUUUACUGGCGAGGCGCCGGCUUAUGGCUUUGGAGGAACAGAGUCGAGAUGCUACAGGCCAAAUUCCAGCGAGCGGUCGAUAUCGGUGGACUAGUGCAUCAUGGAAUACCGAUUAUUCGAGUCUGAGCAUUGUGUUUACUCCUGUCACCUCUGACUACGAUGGAAUACAGAAAGAGAAACGAUGCAAAAUACUUCGCUCAGACUUGGAAAUGUAA